GCACCACAAGUGUUUACGGAUUCCUACUCACUCGGUGUCAGUGACGGCGGCGAGUAGAGCUAGAGCAUCGUGUCUUUGGACCAGGUCGUGGUAAACACAGGCGAAGCGACGACGAUGACCUCGAGUCGACGCUGCUGUGCAGGGGUGCAGCAGGAGAGGAGACGCGAGCGACGACGACAAACAAAGCAGCGCUCCUGCUCCUCCCAUGCCGUGCCUCCCCCUCCCUGCCGUCGCUGUCCAUGUCCUAGUGAAGGUGAAGCCGCCAAUGAAGACGAUGUGAAUAUGCUGCCCAUUGCACAAGAUUGGGCGAGGGAGGGAGGAGUCCAGAUCCUGCCUCCCCCAGGAUACUUCGCCCCGCGUUCCCCUCCCCCCCUCACUCCCACGGGACACGCGCCGCCCUACGCCUCCUCCUCCCUUCUCCAACUCCCCCAAGACUGCUUGUGAGAGAAGCUACUCUACCCUGCUCGGUUUCUUGAUUCUCUCUCUGCCUGUCGUCGGAUUGAUUGCAAGAUCAAGAUAGGCUGCACAGUGGCGUGUGUGAUUAAUCAUGUGUGCCUGAUGCACUUGUAGCUGGGGAUGCAGGUGAAUCUGAGGCCGUUACUGUACCAAGAACAGGAGGUUCAAUAGAGGGGAAGAGAUUCUUGACGAAGCACACAAAGGGAGGAUCCUAAAUUGAUGUAGCAGGAAUGUCGAGUGGGCUCAAGAAGAAGGGCCUGGAGUGGGAUUUGAACGAUUGGAGAUGGGAUUCAAACCUGUUCUUGGCCACACCAUCCAACGCUUCUCCAUCCAAGUGCAGCAGGAGGGAAUUGGGCCGAGCCGAGGGGGAGAUCGAUUUUGGUGUGGUUGAUAAGAGGAGAAGAGUCUCACCAGAGGACGAUGACGGCGAGGAGUGCAUCAAUGCAGCAACCACGAAUGGGGACGAUGGCCAGAUUUCUGGUCAGAGAGGAAGGAGCAGUGAGGACGAGAUGCCUAGGCAAGGCACCUGUUCUAGUAGCGGUCCGUGUUGCCAAGUCGACGGCUGCACGGUCAAUCUCAGCAGUGCCAGGGAUUACAACAAGAGGCAUAAGGUCUGUGAGGUGCAUACCAAGUCGGGAGUGGUUCGUAUAAAAAACGUAGAACACCGGUUCUGUCAACAGUGCAGCAGGUUUCACUUUCUUCAAGAAUUUGAUGAAGGAAAGAAGAGCUGUCGCUCACGGCUAGCACAACAUAACAGAAGGAGGAGGAAAGUACAAGUGCAGGCUGGUGUAGAUGUGAAUUCCUUGCAUGAAAAUCAUUCUUUGAGCAACACAUUACUCCUGUUGUUGAAACAACUUUCUGGCCUAGAUUCUAGUGGUCCAUCUGAGCAAAUCAAUGGUCCUAACUAUUUGACCAAUCUUGUGAAGAAUCUUGCUGCUCUUGCUGGUACACAAAGAAAUCAAGAUAUGCUAAAGAAUGCAAAUUCUGCUGCAAUAGCAUCACAUACUGGUAAUUAUGUUGCAAAAGGCAAUAGUCUACAUGACUCAAGACCACAUAUUCCUGUAGGCACUGAAUCCACUGCAGAAGAACCUACAGUGGAAAGGCGUGUGCAAAAUUUUGAUUUAAAUGAUGCUUAUGUGGAAGGAGAUGAGAAUCGAACAGAUAAAAUUGUGUUUAAACUCUUCGGGAAAGAGCCAAAUGAUUUUCCUUCUGAUUUACGUGCUCAGAUCCUCAGCUGGUUGUCGAAUUGCCCAAGUGAUAUAGAGAGCUAUAUCAGGCCUGGCUGUAUCAUCCUAACUAUUUACAUGCGCCUCCCUAAUUGGAUGUGGGAUAAGCUUGCUGCCGACCCAGCUCACUGGAUACAGAAGCUAAUUAGCUUGUCCACUGAUACCUUGUGGAGAACAGGAUGGAUGUAUGCAAGGGUGCAGGACUACCUGACAUUGAGUUGCAACGGUAAUCUUAUGUUAGCGUCUCCCUGGCAGCCUGCAAUAGGCAACAAGCAUCAGAUAUUGUUUAUAACCCCUAUUGCAGUUGCUUGUUCUUCAACAGCAAACUUCUCAGUGAAAGGUCUCAACAUAGCUCAACCAACCACAAAAUUACUUUGCAUUUUUGGUGGGAAGUAUCUAAUCCAAGAAGCAACAGAAAAGCUACUUGAUGAUACUAAAAUGCAGCGAGGCCCUCAGUGUCUGACCUUCUCUUGCUCCUUUCCUAGUACUAGUGGAAGAGGAUUCAUAGAGAAUUCUUGUUUUCUUUUCCAGGUUGAAGAUCUUGAUCAAAGCAGCCUUUCAUUUCCCUUUGUUGUUGCUGAAGAAGAUGUAUGUUCUGAAAUUCGAACACUGGAACAUUUACUGAAUCUGGUUUCAUUUGAUGACACCUUGGUAGAGAAAAACGAUUUGUUGGCUUCUCGAGAUCGAGCCUUAAAUUUUUUACACGAAUUUGGUUGGUUUCUUCAAAGGAGCCACAUACGAGCUACAUCUGAGACUCCAAAAGAUUGUACUGAGGGCUUUCCUGCUGCAAGAUUUAGAUGGUUGCUGUCCUUUGCAGUUGAUCGGGAAUUUUGUGCUGUUAUAAAGAAGCUUCUGGACACCUUGUUUCAGGGUGGUGUUGAUCUGGAUGUCCAAUCAACAGUUGAAUUUGUCCUGAAACAAGAUUUAGUAUUUGUGGCUGUCAACAAACGGUCGAAGCCUUUAAUUGACUUUCUGUUGACAUACACAACAUCUUCUGCUCCAAUGGACGGAACUGAAAGUGCUGCUCCAGCUCAGUUCUUGUUUACACCUGACAUAGCUGGUCCAUCAGAUAUUACACCUCUUCAUAUUGCAGCCACAUACAGUGAUACUGCUGGUGUUUUAGAUGCUUUAACUGAUGAUCCUCAGCAGCUGGGAAUCAAAGCAUGGAAGAAUGCUCGCGAUGCUACUGGAUUGACUCCGGAGGAUUACGCUCGGAAGAGAGGCCACGAAUCCUACAUCGAGAUGGUCCAGAACAAGAUUGACAGCAGGUUACCCAAAGCUCAUGUGUCUGUCACCAUAUCCAGCACCACAUCCACCACCGACUUCACCGAAAAGCACGCGAGCCAAUCGAAGACUACAGAUCAAACCGCAUUUGAUGUGGAGAAGGGCCAACAGAUCAGCACAAAGCCACCACUGAGCUGCAGGCAGUGUCUCCCAGAACUCGCUUACCGGCAUCAUUUGAACAGGUUUCUGUCAACCAGGCCAGCAGUACUCUCCUUGGUCGCCAUUGCUGCUGUCUGUGUCUGUGUAGGGUUGAUCAUGCAGGGGCCACCCCACAUUGGAGGUAUGAGAGGUCCUUUCCGCUGGAAUUCUUUGCGUUCAGGCCCCAAGUGAUAUGGUAGAUUGACUGCCAAGCAUCUGCAAAUACAGUUCAGCUGUAUCAUGCAGCAUGGAGAUGUUUUGCUUCGAGUCUGUAUAUUCUUGUAACAUAGAUUUAUCUUUUCACGGAAUAACUAUAUUUGUUUACUACUUUACUGUACAACAUUUAGAAUUCGAAACUUGCAUAUCUAGAAAUUCCAUUGGACAGGCAUCCUGACCUUGAUAGAAUGCAGUACUAUCUGAAUGGUUUUACCGUGAGCA